UGUGUGGCGACACUUACAGUUGACUCACAGCAAGCCGUGAUCUCUGGCUCCAUGUUUGCUAUUGCAAUUUGGGAAACAACAUACGAGAAACUGGUCAAUUGAUUAAUCGAUUCGACCACUCGGUUUCGCAAAUCGGUCAUCUCUUCAUCUUCCGCCCAGUCAAAGUUUUGGCAAUGGAACAAAAUGCUGAUCCUGAGCAUCGCUUGAUGGUUGAACGAAGCAUUCCACAAACCAUGCAAAUUGAUCCUAGAAGAGACCGGUUUCCAUGCUGCAUUGUGUGGACGCCACUCCCUGUCAUAUCAUGGCUAAUUCCGUUUAUCGGUCAUGUUGGGAUAUGUAGAGAGGAUGGAGUAAUUUUGGACUUUGCAGGGCCAAAUUAUGUGUGUGUAGACAACUUUACCUUUGGGGCAGUGGCACGCUACAUCCAGAUAAGCAAAGAACAGUGCUGCAUCUCUCCUUAUCCUGCUGCAUACAGGAGUGAAGAUGGAUUUCACGAUGAACCCCAAAGAGACGUGUUGACAUGGGAUGAUGCCUUGCGAAAGGGAACACAGGAAUUCCAACACCGAUCUUACAACCUUUUCACUUGCAACUGCCACUCCUUUGUAGUCAAUAACGUAAACAGGUUGGGCUUUCAGGCUGGUGGGUGGAACGUAGUGAACUUAGCUGUUUUGAUUUUCCUCAAGGGAAAGUGGGUAAGCAAAGCAUCUAUGGUACGGUCUUAUUUGCCAUUUGUCAUAGUAGGUGGUCUAGGACUCACCUUUGGAGGAGCCACUUUCCUAACUUUCUUGGCCUUCUUCACCUUCCUUGUUGUUGGCUGGUUUCUCCUUGGCACUUACUGUUUCAGGAACUUGAUCCAGUUGUAGCCUUUGUAUUACUUGGUUUAUAUUCCGUGUAAAAACUGUAGUUUAGCAAAUUUACGUGGAUUUCAGACACAUGUUAAAGAUUGAAAGUACGUCAAAUGACUUGCAAUGCUUUGGAUUGUUAGAAUUUGGGUGUUUUCUUUUUUUUUUUUUCCC